AUGUCGGUCACCACUCAAGCCACAAUUGCCAGCUUCGGUGGGAAGCUCCUCAAGCUCGCUCACAAUGCCUCCACCACUGGCUGCGAAAUGAAGUUCAACCUUUACCUUCCUCCUCAAGCCGCAAACAACAAAGUUCCUCUGCUCAUAUGGCUCUCUGGGCUCACAUGUACCGGCGACAACUGCUCUGAAAAGGGUUUCUUCCAACACGGCGCCAGCAAGAAGGGUAUCGCUGUGUUGUAUCCUGACACCAGCCCAAGGGGGAUUGGUAUCCAAGGCGAGGACGACGCCUACGAUUUCGGCACUGGGGCAGGCUUCUACGUCGAUGCCAGUGCAGACCCAUGGUCCAAGAACUACAAGAUGUACUCGUACAUCACCAACGAACUCCCCAAAACCGUUUUCGAGGCGUUCAAAGACCAGAUCGACUCCAGCAAAGUUAGUAUCAGUGGACACAGUAUGGGAGGCCAUGGUGCUCUAUCUCUAUACCUGAAGAACCCGGGCAAAUACAAGAGUGUCAGCGCCUUUGCCCCGAUUGCCAAUCCCUUGAAAUGUCCCUGGGGCGAGAAGGCGUUCAAAGGGUAUUUUGGUGACGACUGGCAAAAACUGGGAGCCCAACAUGAUUCGACAGAGUUACUGAAGCAGUGGAAAGGGGGACCUCUGGACAUUUUGAUCGAUGUGGGAACUGGUGACAAUUUCUAUAAGCAGGGCCAGCUUCUUCCCGAAAACUUCAUCGCAGCCGCAAAGGAAAUUGGACAAGAGAACGGAGUCAAAGUCAGGUUUCAGCCAGACUAUGACCACAGUUACUACACAAUGGCCACUUUCUCGGAUGAUCACAUUGACCAUGCCGCGAAAGCCUCACACGACUCUCUUGCCAUCCAUUUCAUAUCUGCUCGCCCCGUCACGGCCGCCGAAAUGGACCUGGACUUCAGCUACCUCGGUGCGACAGACGGGGUGUGUUCGGCCUUUGACAAAAACGACAACUUUUGGCAAGAGAAGACCGCGUUCGAAUCGAAGCCCAACAUCAAACUGUCCCAGUCGUUGGACCACGGUGGCCACCCGACCUCCUGUCCUCCUCAAAAUGCCCAGGUCAAAAGAAACAGGCUACAUGAAGAAAGAGUCGUCAGUUUCAACUGUGUCAAUGUGAACAGUCCUUGGUGGCACCGUUGUCUUGGAACAGGUCAGAUGACGUCGGAGGACGACAAAUUCAAUGAGGCGAGAAAACUGCAGAAUGCCUUUGCCUUUGUGACCUUUCAUCUGCCGGUGCAUAAACACAUGAGCUGGAGACUUUCACUCCCAUACGCAAUAGGUCAGGCAGACGCUGUUACAGGCCACGAUUUCAAAGUAUUCUCAGCUGAUCGCACGAGGCGCCCCACUCACAACAACGGACAGAAGACGCCCGAUCUCCUCAAGUGCCUGAACUGUCGAGUAUUAUCCAUGCAUGCACAUCAGCAGCAGCAGCAGCAGCAGCAGCAGUAA